GAAAAGGAUAGCAUCCCCGCGCUCCAAUUCUCAACCUGACAACUCUUAUCUCCUUCACUUCUCUUCUACUGCUAAUUAGAAGACACAGCUACUAAGCUUCUAAGCAGUUACUCUUUUAGUACAAGAAUACACAGUGUCUUGAAAUCCUAUGUUAAAAGAAACAAAGAAAAGUUUUGUUUUCUUCCUUUAAGGACUCGGAACUUUCCUUAUACACAGCAUCCAACGCAGGUAAAGAUUGUUGAAAAUGGAAAAUGGAAUUGAUAGAGUUGUCGAUGCGACGCAAUUAGAAAAUAACAUCAAUGUUAACACUGAAGUUUCAAGGGAUAAGGUGGAGGAUAAAUGUGAGGUUUUGGGUGGCGCGGUGGAGGGAAAAAAUGAGUUGUUGAGGGAUGAGGUAGAGGAGAAGGUUGCGGUGGCGUCCAGUGAAUCGAAGGAUUUGGAAGAUGAGGUUUUUGUGGAGGCACUUGAGUCACCCGAGAAAUUGCAUGAAGAGGGAGUGAAGUUUGAGUCAGAUGGCGGUGUUGAGAGUGUUGGUGACUCGAGUUUGGUGGUUGGGAAUGCAAAUUUGGAUGUGGGAAAUGAAAUGGAGAAAUUUGAGGCACAUGAGUCAGAAGGUGGUGAUUCUGGUUCAGUAGUUGUCAUUGAGAAAUCAGAUGUAGGAAGUCUGAUGGACAAAUUUGAAGAGCCGGUUUUUGUUCCUGCUGAGCCUGGGAAUCCUGAGGGGUCGACUGAGGUGGUUGGUGGAGAGAAGGUGGUGGAUUCGGUAGGUGGAGAGAGUGUCCGUGAGAUUGACGAGGGAGGGACUGUUGUGGAAGUGGAGGGCAGUGUGUUGAAUGGAGGGGAGGUUGUUUCUGAGAUUGUUGGUGAUGGAGGAAUAGAGGCUUUGAUGGGUGAGGAUGUGGUGAAUGCUAUGCAGAAAAUUGAAUCAAGUGAGGGGAUUCUCCCUGAGGAUAGUAAGAGAGAGGAAAACAAAGAGGAUGGCUCAGUUGAGCUUCAAGACAGAAAAGUUGAAGGACUUCAUGAGAAUCCGGUGAAAGUUGAUACAGAAGAUCAGGAUGACAAAAGUGGGGAAUUGAUAGGGGAUUCAGCUGGCCUUGAUUCGGAGGAUGGGAUUCACAAGGGUGGGCAUCCAAAGGGCAUUUCAGCAACUGUUGAUACAGAAAACGGGGAUACCAGCAAUGGAGACUUGAAAGAUACUAUAGCUUCAGUGGAUCCAGAGCAUCAUGAGGAAACUCCUGAACUGACAGCUACUUCAGCUGUCCCACAUGCAGCCCUGGAAGAAUCAACGGUGGUAGCGGAAACCGGAAGCUUAAAUUCUUUAGAUAAGUUUGUGAAUGAGAAAAAUGAAGACAUUCAGGCAGAUACUGCUAAUUUGAGAGCAGAGGAUAACAAGGAUUCUGAACCAGAGCAUGCUGCUGAAAAAGGUAAUUAUGCUGGCCAGAACAAUAUUGUGUCUGGGCACCCUGAAAGGAUUGCAGAAACAUAUCCAGAGAAGCAAAACACUCCAGUAAAUAAAGAAGGUGAAAGGCACCCUGAACCUAAGCUUGCCUCUUUAUCUGGAAAAUCUUUGCGUCCUCCUUCCCAUUCCCAUCCAGCUGGCCUUGGGCGUGCUGCCCCACUCCUGGAACCUGCAACUAGGGCAAUGCAGCAGUUGCGUGCUAAUGGAGCCAUGUCUCAUAUGCGUCCUCAACAGCUUGAUGACCCUACUAAUGGGGAGUCAGAGGAGCAUGAUGAGACUCAUGAAAAACUCAAGAUGAUUAGGGUGAAAUUUUUGCGGCUAGUGCAUAGGCUUGGAUUGGCUCCCAAUGAAACUGUUGUGGCACAGGUUUUAUACAGAUUGGGAAUUGUUGAGCAGCUGCGAGGGAGAAAUCGGGGUCGCAUUGGCACCUUAAGUUUUGAUCCUGCAAGUGCCAUGGCAGGACAGCUUGAGGCAGAUGGGCAGGAACCCCUUGAUUUCUCCUGCACAAUUAUGGUUCUUGGAAAGACUGGAGUUGGAAAAAGUGCCACUAUCAAUUCAAUAUUUGAUGAAGCAAAGCUCCCCACCAAUGCUUUUCAAUCUGGUACAAAAAUGGUUCAGGAUGUUGUGGGAACUGUUCAGGGGAUCAAGUUACGGGUCAUUGACACACCAGGCCUCCUUCCUUCCGGGUCUGACCAGCGACAGAAUGAGAAAAUCCUUCUCUCAGUGAAAAACUUUAUCAAGAAAACUCCUCCAGAUAUUGUGUUGUAUUUUGAUAGGUUGGACAUGCAGAGCAAGGAUUUUGGUGAUCUGCCCCUGUUGCGAACCAUCACCAAGAUAUUUGGUCCAUCUAUAUGGCAAAAUGCAAUUGUUGUCCUCAGUCAUGCGGCUUCUGCUCCACCUGAUAGUCCACAAGGUACCGUUUCAAGUUAUGAAAUGUCUGUAACUCAACGUUCUCAUGUUGUUCAACAAACAAUUCGUCAGGCAGCAGGUGAUAUGUGGCUUGUAAAUCCCGUUUCAUUAGUUGAGAAUCACUCUGCGUGUAGAAGAAAUAGGGCAGGGCAUAGAGUGUUGCCUAAUGGUCAGGUUUGGAAGCCUCAAUUGUUGCUACUUUCCUUUGCAUCAAAAAUCCUCGCUGAAGCAAACACUAUAUUGAAGGUGCAAGAUAGUCCGCCUAAGAAGCAAUUUGCAACUCGGUCAAGAGCUCCUCCUUUACCAUACCUGCUGUCAUCUCUUCUCCGGUCAAGACCACAAGUUAAGCUACCUGAGGAACAGUUUGGUGAUGAGGAUGGUUUAGAUGAUGAUUUGGACGAGUCAUUGGAUUCUGAGGACGAGUCUGAAUAUGAUGAUUUACCACCAUUUAAAAGCUUAACAAGAGCCCAGGUGGCAAAGCUUACUAAAGCUCAGAAGAAUGCAUAUUUUGAUGAGUUAGAGUACAGGGAGAAACUUUUUAUGAAGAAACAGUUGAAGGAAGAGAAAAGGCAACAAAGGAUGAUGAAGAAAACUGCAGUGGCAACCAAUCCUCUGCCUGGUGACUACAGUGAAAAUGCGGAAGAAGAAAGUGAAGGGCCUGCAUCUGUGCCCGUUCCCAUGCCAGAUUUAUCCUUACCUGCUUCUUUUGACUCUGAUAAUCCUUCCCACCGGUACCGUUAUCUUGAUAACUCCAAUCAGUGGCUUGUAAGGCCAGUUCUUGAUACACAUGGUUGGGAUCAUGAUGUCGGCUAUGAAGGUAUAAAUGUGGAGAGAUUAUUUGUAGUUAAAGACAAGAUUCCUGUAUCCUUUUCUGGCCAGGUAACGAAGGACAAGAAGGAUGCCAAUGUUCAAAUGGAAUUAGCAAGUUCUAUAAAGCAUGGGGAAGGGAAAUCAACUUCACUAGGUUUUGAUAUGCAGACUUUAGGGAAGGACUUGGGCUAUACUUUACACAGUGAGACAAGGUUCAUUAAUUUCAGGAAGAACAAGGCAACUGCUGGUCUUUCGGUUACUCUAUUGGGUGAUGCCUUAUCAGCUGGAGUGAAAGUUGAGGACAAAUUGAUUGCUAAUAAGCGGUUCCAAAUGGUCAUGUCUGGUGGUGCAAUGGCUGGUCGUGGUGAUGUAGCAUAUGGUGGUAGUCUGGAGGCCCAACUGAGAGAUGAAGAUUAUCCCCUGGGUCGUUCGCUAUCCACUCUUGGACUCUCUGUUGUAGAUUGGCAUGGAGUUCUAGCAAUUGGUUGCAAUAUACAAUCUCAGGUUCCUAUUGGAAGGUCUACAAACUUGAUUGCCCGUGCCAAUUUGAAUAACAAGGGUGCAGGACAACUCAGUAUUCGCAUAAAUAGUUCAGAACACCUCCAAAUAGCUUUGGCAGGUCUCAUUCCUCUAUUGAGGAAGCUUUUUGAUUAUCAUGAAGAAAUGCAGCUUGGACAAUGAAGAAAACUGGGCACUUCUUUUCCUGCAGUAGCCAAGCUGAGACAGGAAACGCCUGAGUUCGCUACGUUGGGAUGGUCAUUUAUAAGAAUGAGCAAACCUAAGCUUUUCUUGUUGUACUCUCCUUUUUCUGCCGUUGUAUUUCAACAUCGCGUUACCUUGAUGACAUUCAUUGUAGCAGUUUUGUUAGAUAUUUUCAUAAGGUGGUUUUUGUUCCCUCUACACCACUGAGCCAAACAUUGUUUCUUGUUCACUCGUGCCUCUGUCAAGCUAUUUAUUCCUUCUACAUUGGUAUGUACAUUUGUUCAUCUUGUCCAA